CAGAAAAUAACUUAAUUGUGAGGAUUGUAAAAAUGACUUUUAUAUCUACUGAAAGUAAUGUAGCUCUGCCUAUUGGCUAAUGUACAAAUUAACAUUGAGAGGUUCUUGAUCUGUCUUUUGUAAAUGACUUGUGUGAGUUGGAAACUGCUUCAUAAAUACCCCUGCUUCUCAUACUUGAAAAAUAGAAAUGAACAGAUUAAUCCAAUGGAAUUAGUUGAACUACAUAAAAACAAGAAAUGCCACAAACUGUCUACUCCGCCUCUGUUGUCUGAUAGUAGCAAGAAGAGAUAUUUAGUGAAAGAGAAUGUUCAUGGCAUCAUUACUAUAUUGCUGGUGAUUAGCACUUCCAUCAAAGAAUAAGAAGUGGUAAAACCCAGAGAAAUAAAAGUUACUGAGCAUAUAUAGGGAAAAAUAACAUUGUACAAUGUUAACAUUUAAGGCUAAAACUGGUGUAACGGUUAAGAACAAUGUUUGCCUGCUAGUAAAAGAUACAAAGUGGCUUAACCAGAUAGGAAUUUAUUUAUUUUUCCACAAAAAUGAAUCCAUAGUAAUUCAAAGGCUGGUAUAGUGGCUUCAUGAUGUCAUUAGUGUCCCAUUAUUCAUCCAUCAUUUUGCUCCACCAUCUGUAGUAUGUAGCCUCUAACGUUAUCACUGAACUUUAGCCAGUGGAAGGAGGAAGAGGAAAAGGCAAAAGAGCCUGCCCCCUGAGACUAUCCUCUUUUUAAGCUUUUCUAGUAACCCUAACCAGUAACUGAGACCUAUAUCCUUUUGGCUAACCUCAGUCAAAAAUUCAUUUCUAUCUGCCAAGGGAAGCUAAGAAAUACAAUUUUUAGCUGGGCACAAUUGCCACCCAUAGCAAAAUCAAGGUUCUAUUAAUAAAGAUGAAAAUAAAUUUUGGGCAUAUAUAUUGGUCAGGGAACUUUGUAAUCUGAUACAAUUAGUGUUUUUGUUUUUUGUUUUUUGUUUUUUUUAAAAGAACAUGUUCUUUGAUUUUCAUUGUAGUGGCAUUUCCUUUUCAGGGAAUGUGGGGCAGCAAAGCCUGUUAUUCUGUUGAUUUCUCCUUUAGACUUACCUAUACAUUCUUUAUUAACUAUUCACAAUUCUGCUAAGUCUUAACAGAUUUCUCACCUUAGAUUUUUUUAUGCACUUCACUUAGAAUCAAAUGAUCUGGGUUUGUUAUCUAGCUCUGCCACUAAUAAGCUAUGUGAUAUAAGGCAUUUCAUUUAACUUUAGUCAAUUAUUCAUUCGUUUUUUAUAUUUAUGAAUACUUUUUGAGCUAGGCACUAUGUAUAUGAAGUAAAGAAGACAGGAGUGGAUGGCCUCUACCUUCACAAAGUUUUCUAGGCAUAGUGGACAUAGGUGUGAAUAAUGUCCAGGAGUUGCUUGUUGCAGCGGACAUGCUACAAUUGACUGAAGUUGUUAAUCUUUGCUGUGCAUUUCUGAAAGGACAAAUUGAUCCACUGAACUGCAUUGGAAUCUUUCAGUUCUCUGAGCAAAUUGCCUGCCAUGAUCUUUUGGAAUUCACAGAAAACUAUAUUCAUGUCCAUUUCUUGGAGGUUCAGAGUGGGGAAGAGUUCCUGGCACUUACAAAAGAUCAGCUGAUCAAAAUUUUGCGAAGUGAAGAGCUUAGCAUUGAGGAUGAAUACCAGGUCUUCUUAGCUGCAAUGCAAUGGCUUCUCAAAGAUCUGGGAAAAAGAAAAAAAUAUGUGGUGGAAGUGCUAGACCCAAUUCGAUUUCCUUUACUACCUCCUCAGAGGCUUUUAAAGUAUAUAGAAGGAGUAUCUGAUUUUAAUCUUCGUGUUGCAUUGCAAACACUUUUGAAAGAGUACUGUGAGGUGUGCAAAUCUCCCAAAGAGAACAAGUUUUGUAGUUUUCUGCAGACGUCUAAGGUUCGACCUCGGAAGAAAGCAAGAAAGUAUCUGUAUGCAGUAGGUGGAUAUACUCGGUUGCAGGGUGGUCGUUGGAGUGAUAGCAGAGCCCUCAGCUGUGUAGAACGUUUUGACACCUUUAGCCAGUAUUGGACCACUGUAUCUUCACUUCACCAAGCUCGAUGUGGGCUGGGAGUAGCAGUUCUGGGAGGGAUGGUCUAUGCUAUUGGAGGUGAAAAAGAUUCAAUGAUUUUUGAUUGUACUGAAUGCUAUGAUCCAGUUACUAAACAGUGGACAACUGUAGCUUCAAUGAAUCACCCCCGCUGUGGCUUGGGAGUGUGUGUGUGUUAUGGGGCUAUCUAUGCUUUGGGUGGAUGGGUUGGAGCUGAGAUAGGGAACACCAUUGAACGAUUUGAUCCUGAUGAAAAUAAAUGGGAAGUAGUUGGCAACAUGGCUAUGUCACGCUACUACUUUGGCUGUUGUGAAAUGCAAGGUUUAAUUUAUGUAAUUGGGGGCAUCAGCAAUGAAGGAAUAGAACUUCGUUCUUUUGAAGUUUAUGAUCCACUUUCCAAGCGUUGGUCUCCACUUCCUCCAAUGGCAACCAGAAGAGCAUAUCUUGGGGUGGCUGCACUCAAUGACUGCAUAUAUUCUAUUGGAGGGUGGAAUGAGACUCAAGAUGCUCUUCAUACUGUAGAAAAAUAUUCCUUUGAAGAGGAAAAGUGGGUUGAAGUUGCCUCAAUGAAAGUGCCUAGAGCAGGCAUGUGUGUUGUGGCAGUCAAUGGGCUUCUGUAUGUUUCUGGAGGUCGAUCUUCCAGCCAUGAUUUCUUGGCACCAGGUACCUUGGAUUCAGUUGAAGUUUAUAACCCUCAUUCAGAUACAUGGACUGAAAUAGGUAAUAUGAUCACCAGUCGUUGUGAAGGAGGUGUUGCUGUACUAUGAACUAUAAACUGUAAGAGAGCACAAGAAACAUUUUGAAAAUAUAGGUUCUGACUUUUUGCAAAUCACACAUAUAUUUGGUCAUAGGACCCUUUGAUUCUGUUGAGUUUUCCAUGUAUUUGAUAAAUAACUAAAGAUUAUUUUUCUAAGAAUUUGAGUGAAAAGGAUAUGGAUUAUGUCCUAAAUUAAUAAAGAGCUCACAAAAAUUUGCCACA